ACAUAACAGAGGGGUUAGGGAUCUAAUAGAUAAGGAUUGGAGGAUGUAUUGUUUAUGCCAUUUCUUGCCGUUUCUGUUUAUUCCAACGGGAGGAUCGGCAUAUUUCCAUGUUAUUUUUGUAGUAUCGCUUUUGUUGUUUCAUCGGCCAUGUAUUUAUUGUUCAUUUAUUCUUAUUACAUUAUUUGGUAUGAUGUGUUAUUGGAGGGAAGAGUGUUAUUUUGAUUUUAAUGGGGGGAGAAUUUUUGAACCGAGAGUUUUUGGAGGGAUAGGAGGAAAUGAAGGGGGAAGAUGGAGAGAAUGGCGUCAGCCAUUAGUUAAAGUGACGAUUCGUUUUUAAUAUGAUUAUAUUAUGUAUAUAUAUAUAAGCUAGUUUGGAACCAGGG